CAAUGACGAAGUAGGAAUUCGGACGAUUCCCUUUCCAUUCCUUGGACCCUUGAUUACAUACGAAUUUAAACAUUUUAUCUAAACGUUUAAAAACCCCACCAUCCCGAUCUUCAACCCUUUUUUCGUAAGAAUGCCUUCAAAGAACAAAGGCGGAGGCAGUCGAGCUAAACCUGCUGAACAAGCAAAGCAGGAACCUCCCAAACCACCACAAACCAUCAAAGAACGCGAGUGGCAGUGGUAUUACGAAACAAACCCUUACCAGAAGGCAUACGAAGAGCUUGGCCUGAGUGGCAUGACCCCAGCUGAUCGACAAGCUUAUCUCAACCAAGACUAUCUAAAACCUGGUGCUGCGAAGACCCUCUCCAAUAAGGCCCAAAAGGAGCUGUGGAAGCAAGUUAACGAAGCCAACCUCCCUCUACGUCGUCUUCCCCGGCCGCGUGACAACCAGUGGGGACAGGACAAGAACGGGCGCGGCCUUGGUGACUACCCUAUUCAAGAGUACGAGGAACAUACGGCCAAGAAAACCAAACUUGUCCUUUUGCUCGACGAGAGCUGGGUCUUCAAAAAUAAGCGUGCCAAGGCAGACAACGGAGAUCUUUAUAUAGAGGGCGACACUGUGAAGCCCUUCAUUUGCACCGACGAAGACGUGGAGGCAGAGAAGGCUAGACGACAAGAGAUGGCUGAAUUAAGACAAGAUCUAUAUGGUGUGAAGCUUGAUACCUAUGCGUUGGAUCCAGAAUGGGACGAUGUGGUGCCAAUACCACAGAUUGAGCCCGAUAAAGCUCUUGCUGCUAUUGCGUACCCAGACGAUUACGCUGAAGCUAUGUGCUAUCUUCGCGCCGUCAUGGCAGUCAAUGAGCAUUCGCCCCGCUGUCUAAGGCUAACUGAACGGGUCAUAUAUCUAAAUCCAGCACAUUAUACUGUCUGGCUCUACCGAUUCUCCAUCAUUGAGAGCUUAAAUAUCUCCCUCCGAGACGAAAUUGAGUGGCUCAAUGAAGUAUCACUCACCCACAUCAAGAAUUAUCAAAUCUGGAACCAUCGUCAGCAGCUACUAGACCACUACUACCCGACCGUUGUACUGUCAACCUCGGAUUUAUCGGAUUUAGCAGAUAGCGAACGGGCUUUCCUAGGGAAGAUGCUUGAGCUGGACGCGAAAAACUAUCACGUUUGGAGCUACCGGCAGUAUCUCGUGCGUAAAUUGGGAAUUUGGGGCGACCCCGAACGACAGAGUGUAGAGACUCUGAUUCUCGAGGAUGUUCGAAACAACUCAGCCUGGUCGCACCGCUUUUUUGUUGUCUUCUCGGACCCUGCCUACACUACCCCUGACUCGCAUGCUACGGAGCACGAUCCCAAAAUACCAGCCGAUGUCAUUGACCGCGAGGUCGAAUAUUCCAAGGACAAGAUCCUCCUUGCACCCCAGAACCAAAGCCCUUGGAACUACUUAAAGGGAGUGUUGGUUAAGGGUGGGAGAAAACUCGGAACCGUAAGAGAGUUUGCCGAGCAGUUCGUGACGAAUUUGGGUGGUGGGGACGCCGAAACUGUUCGCAGUUCCCACGCCCUUGACUUGCUGGCUGAUAUAUAUAAGGAGGCGGGCGAGAUAGACCAGGCGGGCUUGGUAUUGACCAGACUAGGCGAGAAGUGGGAUCGCAUCCGUCGAGGCUAUUGGGAGUAUAGGAGGAAGUUGCUCACUCAAGAUUAGUCUAAAGAUGGCUUCAAGUCUUGAUUUGAAAAAAUGUUCCUCGAGGUCACAUCAAAGCGUAUGAUGAGCGUAAUACUGAUCCUGUGAGAUGCUAUUGGUUGUCAAUAGGCAGGCAGAUCCUUAUAUAGGUACUUAUAUAAGUACGUCUUUAUACAAAUAGAGACAAGUCUUGCGCGAAUUCCAUACAGUAAUUAUGAG